AUGCCAAAGCUGCAGCCCGGCGAAUUCGAUGCCGUCGUUCAUAAUUUCCCGCCUCGGAGCCUGGAGUCGGUCAUUAAGCUGCGCAACACGCUGCUGGGCUACUGCGACACGUACCCGGCGUUUGCCAUCCCAGGCACCGUCUCGCUGUCCCUGCUCUCCGGCGCGCUCUACGGCACCUCCCGCGGCGUCGCGCUCGUCGCCGUGAUCAGCACUCUCGGCUCCACGGCCUGCUACUGCCUAUCCUGGUGUUUUGGGCGCCCUGUCGCGCUGGCGAUCUGGCGGGACAGGCUGCGGCACUUUGCAGACGAGGUGCGGGCGCGGGACGACGACCUCCUUGCGUACAUCAUAUUCCUGAGGGUCACGCCGAUCCUGCCCAACACCUUCAUCAACGUCGCCUCCCCCAUUGUGGGCGUGCCGCUACUGCCCUUCUUCUUCGGCACGCUCAUCGGCUGCCUGCCCAACAAUUUCAUGGCGGCGCAUGCCGGUGACCACUUGUCCGACCUCCAUUCUCUGGCGGACCUCUACAACCCCCGCAUCAUUGCCCUGGGCCUGCUGGUGGGCUGCGUCGCUCUCGUGCCGGUGUACUGGAAGCACCGGCACGAGCGGCGGGGUGCGGCGGCGAAGCGCGCGGCGGCGACGGCGGCGGAGAAGGCCGGGAAAGCGAGCUAG